ACUUUAUAUACAUACAAUAUUUAGCAAUCAAGGUUUCCACCUUUACGAAAACCAACCAGAAUGUCUUCUAAUCAAAAAGUUGUUCAGCUAUACUUGGAAAAGAAUGGAAUUGGUCAGCUCUUCGAGGAUAUGAUGGCGAAAUUAAUAAGAGACAUGCCAAAUGAGCCAUUACCUUACUUAAUGAAAAUCCUACAAAAAGUUUAUCAUAAGAAAAUGCCGGCUAAUGAAAAUACUUUACUGGUAUCCGGUUUUCGUGCAGAAAUGGGUUUAGUUGGAUCGUCAAUUCCAAAAAAGUUUUCAAAAGACCCACAAGUAAUUCUACCAGGAAGUAAACAACCUGUUUCAUCUUGGGCAACGAAUGAUUUGGACUCAGUUUUAAGUGAAGAUGUGAAGGGUUUAAAGUCACGUGUUUACGAAAAACCUUGGCAAACUAAUUCCAAACCCUUGAAGGGUGGAAGGGAAAAGAAAGGACCCAAAGAUGAAUAUAAAAGCUGGGAUACUGACACAAAAGGAAAAGGCAAUAAUUUUGACGAUUUAUUUGAACAACAAAAUAAAUCUCGUAAAAACCCACUUUCGAAAUCUAUGCCUGUCACAUUGAAUGAAGCUCCCAGACAAAGGAAAGGCAAGGGUCACAGUUGGUCUGAAGAGAGCAGCUAUGAUAAGGAGAAUAACCCUCCAUAUAGACAACAACAGAUACGCAUGGCUGCAGAUGACAAUGAUGAACUUAAAGUUGACACAACAAGUAAAAACAGUAAAAAGAUGACCAUCAGUCCUGCAGCAUAUUCAAAGUUUAAGAAGCAAAAUUCCAAAAAGAAGUCAUUAGAACAGAAGCAAAAGUUACAGGCUUUACUGUCAAGUGACAAGACAAAAACAAACAAAAGAAAUGAUGACGAGUCCACGGAUGACAACGAUGAUGAGGUGGAGGUUAUGGAAGAUAAAGCAGACUUGGCUGGCGAGGGAGCGAAUUCAAAAACAUCUGUUGGUGUGAAGAGAUCAAUACAUAAGACUGUUGAAGCGAAUACUGGUGUCAAAGUUUCUGUGUGUCCAAGAUGUGCAAAGUUAGUUGAUGGAAAUGCUUCAUAUACAACCAACAAUAAUGGAUUAUCAGACAGUGACUACUUCUUUAAUCCAAAAUCAAAAAAUUCUUUUGAAUCUGUAAACAGUGACGACGAUGAUUUUGAUAGUGUGUCACAGAUCAAUACAAAUGUUGACUAUCGACCAAAAUGGCCCACGAUUACAGAUUCUGAAGGAGAAGACGUGGAACACAUAGCUAAAUUAUCAUUGAAAGAUCCACCGAAGAAAAAUACAUUGAAAAAGGUAGUAAAUUUUCAAAGUGGAGGUGCGGAAACAGAUAAGUCCGAUUUUUUUGAAACAAACAGUCCGCUUCGCAAGAAAACAAAGCAGACUGCGAAACAUUUACUCUCAGAUAAUGAGUCCGGUGUUGAGUUGCUGAAAGAGAAAAAAUCACCAUCGCAUAGAUCUUCACCGCUACGUAGUAGAUCUCCGCCGAAACAAGCGUGGAAACAGCAAGCAGCCGAGACGGAGAGUGACGCUGAAAUUGAUGAUAUUACACUUUCUCGAGAUACAAAAUUAAAAGCGCGAGGUUGGAAACAAAAACAACCCGACGACGCCUCAGAUGUCUUGUAAUAGGCUAAUUAAUAAAUUCAACUACACGAUUGGUUCAAUAAAGUGAGUCGGCUUUUACUUGGUGUAUGUUCCGGCAAGGUGCACCUACCAUGCAGAUGCCCAGCACGCAGCUACAAACCACACAGAUACCCACGACGCAGAUACAUACCACGCAAAUAUUUACCACGCCUAUAUUUAAUACGCAGAUAUUUACUACGUAGACACCCACCACGUAGAUAUUCACUACGCAGGUACCCACCACGCAGAUAUCUACCACGCAAAUAUUUUCUGGCGGCACAUGAUAGACAUUUUGAUAGAGUAUUGCGUGGAAGUGAAAGAACAAACUGCUAGUAGAAAUAUGGUUCUCUUGUCAAGGGAAUUAAAUAAAUAUCAAUUUUGUGUUCAUAAAUUUUACGUGCUCUUUUUAGUUAUAGUUUUACACAUUAUUUGUAACUUAAAUUAAAUUUACAUUUUUUUCUUUCUUUUUGUUUUGUUUUGUAAUAUUUUAAGGACCACUCAAACAACAAGUAGUGAUCAUUUCAGUACGCCCAGAGUAUGCGAUACAUAUUGGGUUAUGGGGUGUGCUUGUUUGAUAAUGCGUUAAAUUGAGAAUUAGCAGUAGCUUAGUCGAUAAAAAAAUUAUUUAGUGAAUAUUUAUUGUUAUUGAAAAAGUUAUCAAAUAAUUGGAAAAUUCUAUGGCAUAAUGAUAAAUAGUCGAAUAAUCGUUUUGAUUUAUCGAAUUUGGUUUUAAAAAGUUAGUAUUUGAGUUCCAUAAGAACGGUAAAAAAAAUCCAGUUUAGCCUUCGUAAGCCAUGCUUCUAAAAAUUUUAUUUAUGUGUGAUUAUAUUGUAGUUAAAUGCCGAAUAUUUAAUUGUAUAUAGUGUAUAUAAGAAUCAAUACAAUUUAUGACGUCA